AUGGAUUUUGACGUCAUUCCAUAUGAGGAUAUCACCUGGGGCGAGAGACUCGGUGCAGGAAGCUUCGGCUCGGUCUUCAAGGGGAGCUACCUCGGCAUCGACAUCGCAAUCAAGGAGGUCUUGCCCUCGACAGAGUAUGAUGUCCACAAGUACUUUGAGCGCGAAUGGCGGAUUAUGAGGGAAUGUCGACACCCAAACAUCGUCUUGUUUUUGGGCUUAUCCAAGGCGAUUGAAGGGGACGGACGCGUCUUUAUCGUCUCCGAAUUUGUUCCUCGAGGGAAUCUUCGGCAGUUCAUCCUAUCCUCUCACUCAUUCCCCUGGCGACUGCGACUGUCCUUCGCUACCGAUGUCGCUCGCGCAGUAGCCUACCUGCACGCCCGCCAGUGUAUCCACCGAGACCUCAAAGGCGAGAACCUCCUCAUCACCAGCAACGAACGGAUCAAGGUGACCGACUUUGGAUUUGCUCGCAUAGCAUCUCGGAACGCGGACGAGAUGCGGCGCAUGACCUACUGUGGGACAGACGGAUACAUGAGCCCGGAGAUCAUCAACGGCUUUGAGUUCGAUCUACCCACCGAUGUCUUCUCCCUCGGUAUCAUCUUCACCGAGAUCCUUUCGCGCAGACUCGUCGACUCCAAGACCUUCAUCCGGCAAGCUCCCUCUUUUGUCCCUGACCCCGCCGAAGUCCGUCGCCGCGCGUCGAAGGGCUGUCCACCCGCUCUGGUCGAGCUGGCCCUGCACUGCUGUCUCGAAGACCCCAGUGACCGGCCCAAGAUGCCCGAAGUCUUGGCACGCCUACGGGAGAUCGAGCUCGAAGUUCUCAGCCGGCUCGACAACGAGACGGAGCACGUCGGGUCAAUUCGCAUACUGCAGCACACCGGCAAGCGGGCGAUGCCGAUCUUUGAGCCGGUCAAGGAUACGACACACAAGGAGUCGGAUAAGGAGGAUGAAGGAGAGGCGAGCGAUAAGCGGAUGGAGGAGGACGCGUUGGAGGCGCUGGCGAAGCUUCAAGUGGAUGGGAAGGGGGCGGCCCAAGCGGGAACUGAGGAGGGCAAGGAUACGUGGCGGACUGCGAGGUGGGAAGAGAGGCCGAGCAUCAUGACGCAGUGGUCAGACGCGAGCGAGAUGAGAGGCCACCAGCGACUCAUCCACUCAAAUGAUUCUACCUCAUCCUUCGAAGCUGGACCUCCCCGCGACUAUCCCUCAUCUAUCAUUCACAACGUCGGCAACGCAUCUGUCGUUCGGAACGCUGUACCCCCGGACGAUACCACAUCUACCAUGACUAUCAAGGCAUCACCGUCGCAUACCACACUCGAGCUGGCCGAAGCCUCAGCGGACGAUACCGCCCCUCUAGCCCUGUCGUCUGACUCGUCCCCGUCCGCUCCUGCUGUCUCCAACACGGCUACCGCCCUCUCCGUCGAUACCCCGCCAGCCGUACCCCUCAAGCUCAAGACUAAGGCGGACAAGGCAGACGAGGAAGCGGCGAAGCAGGCCGCACCACCUGCACACGGAACUCAUCGGUUCACCCUGAUUGAGAAGGAGGCAUUGGCGUUGCUGAGCGGAAAGAAGCCAUCAACCUUCCCCUCGACAUUCGCUGCCUUCCUGCCGAAAGCUCUAGCCCCGAGCAACAAGUGUCCAGUGUGUCACAAGCGCAUCGGCCAGCGGCCAGCUCUGCAGUGUGAUGAUUGCUCCGUCUUUGUCCAUGUCAAGUGCUCUCACGCGGCUGCGAGGAACUGUACAGGCGAGGAAGCGGGAGCCGCCUCCCAGGCCAAAGUAUAA